AUGGGCCGUCUGUCCCGGCCUGAUAAGGGCUGCUGGUCCAGGCUGCUGUGUGCUCCAGGCUCAGGGUCCAGACCCCAUAACUCUGCCCCCCCCCCCCCCGCCCCCGGACUGGGACCUUCUCUGAACCACGUGUGCUCCCGUCGGCGAGUCCCAGACCUGCAGCCUGUUGUGUUCCAGUCCCAGACUUGGAGCCUGUUGUGUUCCAGUCCCCUCAGACCUGAGCCUGUUGUGUUCCAGUCCCCUCAGACCUGGAGCCUGUUGUGUUCCAGUCCCCUCAGACCUGCAGCCUGUUGUGUUCCAGUCCCCUCUGACCUGCAGCCUGUUGUGUUCCAGUCCCCUCAGACCUUCCCAGACCUGGAGCCUGUUGUGUUCCAGUCCCCUCAGACCUGCAGCCUGUUGUGUUCCAGUCCCAGACCUGGAGCCUGUUGUGUUCCAGUCCCCUCAGACCUGCAGCCUGUUGUGUUCCAGUCCCAGACCUGCAGCCUGUUGUGUUCCAGUCCCAGACCUGCAGCCUGUUUGUGUGUGUGUGUGUGUGUGUGUGUGUGUGUGUGUGUGUGUGUGUGUGUGUGUGUGUGUGUGUGUGUGUGUGUGUGUGUGUGUGUGUGUGUGUGUGUGUGUGUGUGUGUGUGUCUCCGUCCCCUCAGCCCUCACCUGCGCUUCACCAGCCUCACUCUGGUGUCGCCCCACGGUUUCCCUGACAACCGCAUCCAUGGUGAUGCCCACUUCCUCUCCACAAGCUGCCCCCCCUCCCGCUGUAGCGACUCGGCCCUGCUGGCGGUGCACUCCGUGGUCGCCGUGGUGACCGGGCGGAUGGUGGCCCUGCAGCGGGCGGAGAAGUGGGUGGUGCUUAGCGGGGGGGGGCGGGUCCCCUACGACCACCUCAUCAUCGCCACCGGCCUGCAGCACCAGGUCCCCUGCCCUACAGGAGCCUCUCUCGGGGGCCCCCAGACCGACGACCUCCAGACCGACGACCUCCAGAGCCCCCAGACCGAGGACCCCCAAAGUCCCCAGACCGAGGACCCCAGAAGUCCCCAGACCGAGGACCCCCAAAGUCCCCAGACCGGGGACCUCCAGCCUGGGGACCUCAAGACACCCGAACCCGGAGACCCCGAGAGUUCCCAGACCGGGGACCCCCAGAUCCCAAAGACCCCCCAGAACGGGGACCCCCAGAGCCCCAAGACCCCCCAGACCGAGGACCCCCAGAGCCCACAGGACGGGGACCCCAAGACCCCCCAGACCAGGGACCCCCAGACCCCCCAGUCCGGGGACCCCCAGACCCCCCAGACCGGGGACCCCCAGAGCCCCCAGACCGGGGACCCCCAGAGCCCCCAGACCGGGGACCCCCAGAGACCCCAGACCGGGGACCCCCAGCCCCUCCCUGGGGGGCCGCCCCCCAACCUGCUGACCCUCACAGACCAGCGGGACUGCGAUGCGGCCCGGGACCUGGUCUGCCUGGAGCUCCUGGAGACUGGAGGCAACGCCGUGGUCUACGGCGGCGGCCUGGACCUGUACACCUGCGUGGAGACCCUGCUGGCCCUGGGGGUCCCGGGGUCCCGGGUCCACCUGGUCCUCGCCCCCCCCGGGCCCGCCCCGGCCCCCUGCUGCUUCGGGGACCCGGAGGUGGGGCGGGCGGUGGACGGGGCCCUGCGGGGGGCCGGGGUCCCCGUCCACCGGGACUGUGUCCUGGCCCGGAUGGACACGGACCGCCGCUCCGGGAGGAUCACCUCCCUGUCCUUCUCCACCCGGGGCGCCCCGCUGCACCUGCCCUGUGGGGUGCUGUUCAACUUCUCCGGGGAGGGCGUCGACCGCGACGUGUUCCGAAGCGUCCACGGCGCCAGCCUGGUGUUUGACGGGCGGCUGGUGGUCGACGCCCACAACUUCCUCACCGCCGACCCGGCCGUCCGCGGCGCCGGCCCGCUCACCAAGUUCUCCCGCCGCUACCGCGCCGAGCGCUGGGCCCACGCCUGCUACAGCUCCCGGGAGGUGGGCCGCGCCCUGGCGGCGGCCAUGUUGGCUCUGUUGGACCCCACCGUGGAGCCCCCCCCCGGCCGCCCCGACCCCGACCACCUGAUCCCGGAGUACUCCCAGCCCCGGGUCCGAGCUGGCAGGCUACCUGGGGGGUUCCACUACCUCCACGUCUCCAAGCCCUCGCCCCUCCCCCCUGUCCAGCCCCCGCCCUCCGCCCUCCCCCUGUGCCAGCUGCCGCCGCCGCCGCCCCAGCAGUCAUCCUCCUCCCCCUCACUGCCCCCCUGUGCCCCCCAGGGGGCGGCGGUGGUGACGGGGUCGGUGGACGAGGGGAACUACUUCCGGAUCCACCUGGACCGCCACCAGAAGGUCGACGCCCUCACCUGUCUGUCUCUGGAGCCCCUCCCCCUCUCCAACUACCUGUGUCUGUACGGCCGCCACCAGCUGCUGCUGAACCAGCUGCUGGCCCGCAGCCAGGACAGCCCCCCCCCCGACCUCUACAGUCUUACCCCACAUGGUAGUCAGCUGAGGUCCCAGAGCUGUGCUGUGAUUGGCCAGGGGCUCCCACCUGACCUCCCGCUGCUCCACAGGUUCUUCAGGGAGCCCUGGAGCCUGGCUCUGUUCCACGACCGCUUCCCCGACCUGGAGCAGGAGAUCCAGCAGGGCCUGGAGUCCCUCCCCCUCACGGACGAGGACCCCACCACCGUGACGGAGCUCAUCCGUCAGCUGGCGGCCGGCCGGCCGGACCUCCGCGGGGGCGACCCGGCGCUCUUCCUGCGGGAGCGGUUUGCGCGGAGCCACGCGCGGGCGGCGCUGAGGACCAGCGCGCUCAACUACCUGAGCUUCAACCGGAGCCAGCUGCCGGGGUACAUGCCGCGCGGCCCGCUGUGACCCCGGCGCUCCUCCGGGACGUCCUGCCUGCUCCGCCCGACGGUGGAGUGCGUUGGUACCGACCCCGGGGGCCGGGGGUCUCGGAGUCCCGUGUGCUUCAGAACUCUGUCCGAGGGGUAAUGUCCCGGCAUUUAAACUUGAAUUGUUUCAACACUUAACGUUUUAAUUAUAAUAAAGGCAUGACAAUAUGACAUGUUGA